AUGUCGCUCGCAUUUCACUAUGGGAUGAUGCUUGACAAGGGAGGCAUCUCCAAUUCAAACAUAUCUGAUGAGCAACAAACUCAUUACCGUACAUUUUACAAUGGUAUUCUAGAUAUGAUUCCUGGUUUCCGUGCAACUCUCGAUGAGUUGUCAUAUGACGAACUUAAACCAUAUAUCACGGCGAUCAACAGCGCCAUGAGCUCACAACGAUCCGAUGACUUCGCAUCCCUCAAACACUCAAUACUCAAGUAUAUUUUGACAAACCGUAACAGUGAUACCCUGCAGCCUCCCAUACCAAAGUCAUCCUUUCUGGUCACUGACCGUUACAUACUCAGAGGAAUUCAGCAUCUUCAAGAUGGGACUUGGCCUUUACUCUCAACUAAUUGGCCGUCAUUCCUAUAUGCAGCCGAUGCCAUCUACAACAGCGAGGACCCAAACAUUGGCCUCUUUCGCGGGCAUGCUGGUAUCAGGGCAUUCCAGCACUUGUACCUAGGUCCUGCUGCUGCAGGAUCAGAGGAACAUAACGACGAUGACAGCAAGCACGGUAGAAGCAAGUCCAAGGCUACCAUGUAUGGGCUUACAAAGGUGACACCGCAAGCAUGGGCUUGGGCCAUGUGUGCAGUGUGGUUUUUGCUCUCAGCCUGCAACUCAUACAAAGUGUGCAUCGGGUCAUUCAACCUAGAAGAUUUCUUUUUCGCUAUCCUCGAAACUCUCGAUGAUCCCGAGGACCCAUGGGCAGUAGAGACAAUGGCAUGGAUUAAUGAACAGGUUUUCAGGAAACAUGCAGCCAAGGCCAUGACAGCUGCUGCAGAUGACACCGAUUCUGACCUUGCGAAAAUGCGAGCGAAAUGUGCCGCUCAUAAACAAGUAUCAGCAGCAGAACACCCAUCAUCACCUGCACCAUCACCACUAUCUCCACCCAGACUCCCUUCGCAGGUUACACCUUCCACAUCAUCACCACCACGCGCCUUGACACCACUAUCUGACUCGGAAUCAUUCCCACCCUCCCCGGCAAAACAGCCACCUGCUAUACCCACAGCCGUUCUUCCCAAUCCAGUGCCUGUUGCGCACAAAAAGGCCAAACUUGUCCCCAGACCUAAACCCAUUCCAAAGGCCAAACCAGUACCCAAGCCACGGUCCAACACUCGCGGUUCUGCGCGUCUCUCUGCUGGUGGUAUCCAGGUUGAAGAACCCACUAAUGAGGUGGGUGAUGCUGGUAUUCUGAAUGUGAAAGCUCCUGCACCUCCAAAGAAAAAGCCUGUGGCUCGUCAUGGUAAAAAGGCUGCCUAG